AUGGAAACGCUACCCAGAUGUUCACAUACAACCCGAACGACUGAUACGACCUCGAUUGCUUGGAUAGAGUUGAGUUCUAUCCGGACGAUCGUGUCAAUUUUGAAGGGAUCAUAUGGAAACGCUCUCAGGCGACUGAGACGAUUGGGACGAUCGAAGGCUAUCCCAGAAGUCAUCACUCCUAUCCCAAAUUUCCUAGCCCACAUGCUCCAUUUCAAAAUGGCGGCAGAAAACACUGAGUUAAACACGUCGCUCUUUAUGGAAGAAGUGCAAAAAUAUCCUGCAAUUUACAACAAAUUUUCUACGGACUAUAAGAAUAAGUUUAUAAGAAUGAAUAUCUGGAAAGCAAUAGGAGAGACGACGCGUCUGAAGCAGAAAAAAAAUAGAAGAAUGUCCGAACCGCGUAUGGGCGAUACUCGAGAAAAAAAAGUCUGUUCCAUCUGGUUCUGGGCAUGAUGCUGUCCCCUCUCCAGCAGAGUUCAGUAAUUUGGAUUGGUUGUCAAACCACAUCAACCAACGACCAUCCACUGUCACAAAUGUGCAGAGUCGGGAUGAAAGGUAAGAUGAUGCAAAUCAUGGUGAAAAAGCAGAAAGUGCAAACAAUGUCCAGGACUCGCUUGAAUAUGAGGAAACAUUAAGUGAGGAUGACGUGCAAUCUGAAACGUCUGUUUCUCCAGCUGCUGAUUCUCCGUCUUCUUCUGCUGCUGCUAAUGAUGGUCAGCCAAACGGGAGUUCAAAACAGAAAGGGAAAUCAACACCAAAAGACCUUGGGCCUCAAAUGCAAGGAAGGCAAAGGACAGUGAUGUAGAUAUGGCUUUACUAAAAACUGCAACAAGCUUAGCAGAUAGACUAUUGCAACCCGAGCAACCAAAGAAAAGCAGGACAGAAGAAGAGGAAGAUGAAGAUGCCAUCUACUGUUGA